CUCAACUUAAAUAAGAAUCCAUUUAUAAGACAUCAAGAGGCUCACAAUUAUACUCUCUCAUCAUAUACUAUAAUACUAAGCUGUCACGAUUUAUUUUCACCAUUAAUUCGAUUUCAACGCCGUUUAGAACGGAACACCAGUGAAAUGCCUGGCAUUCAGAAAUAUCAGACCUCGACUAGUAGACUUACCGAUGCGCUUGACGAGCUCGAAGAUGUGAUAGGAAAGCUAUCUAAAGAAUGGCAGGAUUUGCGGAUAAAUACUAUGGGUCCUACUGAAGAAGCCCUAGGACACCUCAUUACCAAGCUUGAAUCCAAGCAGCUCGACCUACAGAAAUUAAAACCGAGGAUAUUGGGGAAUAAAAGCAAUCGGGCAAUACAUAUCUUGGCUCAGAGGGUCCUGUGUUUCGUCUUCCACAUCCGAAGCUUGAUGAAAUCAGCUGAUACCAAAUCAAUAAUGUCUCACGGCACAUUGAGCACUGCGGCUCAGUGUUCUGAAGCGAUCAAUGAUCCGGUGUACAUCAAAGGCAUAUAUGAAGCUGUGUUUGCUCGCUGGGAUCCGAUGCUACGUUUUUUCGAUGAGGUGUAUCCCGUGAGGCCACCAACAGACAAUCCCAAACCGUAUCAAACCUCGUCCCACGGAACACCCGGGGAUCCAAUAGGCACUCUCCAUCAUCAACCACACCCUGUUCCCCCUCCACAAACCACCUACUAUUUUCCUUGGGAUAUGAGCAAGCUAUAUGCAAGCGGCUUUCUGAUAUGAUGUUAUUCGGGAAUAGGGGAGGGGGAGAAUUGCAAACAUCU